AACGGUGUCACCAAUUUCCCACCCCUUUCCUGUCAAUCCAUUGUCACUGAUCACCAAUUUUGCUUUGUUUGUCCACCGCAAUUUGGAAUACUAAAAAUGUUUGAAACUCGAUGCACAUGGAUCCCGCACGCAAUUGCCAACGCUGAUGGAUUCGUGGAUGAACGCAAGUUCGACGCCUUGUCAAAAGAUGUUUACGCAGAUUUGCGCAACAUGUAUCGCAAAUUACGAACCAACGACCCGAAACAGCUGGACGAGAUUCCAGAAGCAGUUCGUGUCGCAUCUCACGAUGUACCGUUGAUUAGUAACGGCUUUAGUACUUUCAAGGAUCUGAAUGUGGAUGACGCUCAGGUCAAAUCUAUUGCUGCCUUUGCUACCACAGCCUUGCAAGCGAAUCGUAAUUACAAACGUCUUGUUUUGAACAAAUUAAUCAAAGCUAAAGUUAUGGCCGGCAGAAACUUCAAACUAACUCUGCAAUUUACGAAUUUUGAUGCCAAUGGUUAUCCCGGUAAAUCUCUUAUUUGCGUCGUGGUUGUUUUCGUCCAUCCCAUAAUCGAAACCCGCGAACUCGUGAGUCAUUCGUGUUCUGUUGCACCGAAGAAACUUGCGUCUCAACCUGAAACGGACUUGGUCAAUGAAAUUCUGUUGGCUAUCAAAGAACGAAAAGAAUUAUGGCAAAUUGCCAAUUAUCUGAAUGCGUCUCGAGAGAUCCUGGUCAAAGAUUUGCCUCUCACCAGUCCCAACGGGACAAAGUUGAGUUACGUUUUCUUCGCACCGACGUUCCUGGCCUUCAGGAUGAAGGCAAUAGGGAAUGCUGCUGAUUUUGAUUCGUUUUUGGUUAAUCCUGAUAUCCGUCAUAAAUUUUUACUUGGUCAUUUUUCACGCCAAAACAUUUCGUCCAAAGAACUGAAGCAAUUGAACAAUCUCUCCAUGGCUGAUUCAACAAAGACUGUUCUUUCACAUGCAUCCAAUAUAAAAAAUGGAGUAUGUAAGACGCUCAAGUGCAAGGAAACAUUAUGUAAAUUACCACCAAUGCAAGGGAAAAAAGGGAUGGCGUGUAGGGCCAACGUCCCCAAGUGGACUUUCAAUUUCACAUCGGGCAUCUGUGAGAGUUACACGUACGGCGGUUGUGGAGGAUCGAAAAAUCUGUUCGAUACGGAAAUUAUGUGCCGGAUGACGUGUAGUUCAAUAAAGAAUGGAGAUAUGCAUUUUAUAAAUACAGCUGCCAUCGAGCAGGAAACCAUCCAGCUAGCGAAUGGUUUGGGCACAAUCUUCGUCAUCGAUCGUGUGCUUGGCGGACCUACCAGGAAGGGCAAUGUCAGUUUUGCAAAACCCGUUAGAUCAACGAAUUCAAAAACUACAGCAGUUGAUGAACCAAAAGCAGUUGAUCCCACUACACCAUUGCCAGGUGGAUACAAUGUGCUGGAGAAGAAUGGCAAAGAUGUUGAGGAGAUGGCACAGUUUGCCACCAACGUCAUAUCAACUAAACUGACAGAUUGCGAUCUUAUUGGAGUCGUCAAAGCAGAAUCACAAGUCGUAGCUGGCACGAACUUGAAGCUGACCCUGAAAUUGGCACCAAUCGAUACCCCUGCAGUUCACGAGAAAUUUAUUUGCGAAGUCGUCAUCUUCGACCAACCAUGGACCAAAACCCGAAACGUCACCUCCUUUAAGUGCACCUCCAACGAAUUUAACAUUGUCACAGAAAUCUUAUCUACUAUCGAGGAACGAGAGGAAUUAUCACCGGUCAUCCGUUACCUCAACGCUUCUAGAGAAGACCAGGAUUUUUUGAUGGAGUUACCUUUUAUCAGUUAUGAUGGAAAAUCGUUGAAUUGGCUGAGUUAUACCUUCUUUGCCCCCACAUCAUCGGCCUUUACGUCUCAAAUGCCACAAGAUGCCGCCGAUCCGCUUAUUAUUGACGCUGAUUUCCGACGCAAAGUCCUUCUCCGUCAUAUCGUUCACCACCACAUGACGCCGAUGGAUAUCGUUCACGCAGACAAGCUCAUCAUGGCGGACUUGAAACAGGCAAAUGUAACCCACACAGCUCAAAACAAUAAUACCCUGAAAAAAGUGAACGACGUCUGUAACCUCCCGCCUCUGCUGAAGCCUAAAGAUACGAUUCAAAUUGAAUGCAGAGGCUACAUUGAAUUGUGGACGUUCAAUUCCCACACCGAAGAAUGUGAAAUGUACAUAUACGGUGGUUGUGAUGGAUCUGAGAAUCUUUUCAACACCCAUAUGGCCUGUGAAGCCGCUUGCGGUGAAUUCAGUCGAAAAAUGCACAUGAUAAACGGUGCAGAAAUUCAAACAGGUAUGAUUGAACAAGGCUUCGGCGUCGUCUUUAUUAUCGAUCGCGUAUUCAUGACCCGUGAUGAAGUCAGCGCUGUUUUCAACAAACAUCCCAAUACCGACCUUGGCAUCUAUGGUUCAGCUGAACCGCAUAUUCAAACAUUGACAAGUAAACCUGAUGAACCAGAAGAAUCCGAAGAACCUCUUGAAGUCACUGGAGCUACAGAAGUCAUGGAAGCCACAGAAGUGACAGGAGCUACAGAAAUCACGGCAGCUACAGAAGUCACGGGAGCAACAGAAAUCAUAGACGUAACAGAAGUCAUAAAAACCACUGAAGCACAAAAAGCCGAGGAGCCCGAAGACGCGGAAGAAGCUGAAGAAGCAGAAGACGCUGAAGAACCAGAAGACGCUGAAGACGCUGAAGAAGCUGAAGACGUAACGAAAACCGCAGAAGCAAAAGAUACCGAACAAACAAAGAAAGUCGAAGAGGCGGAUGAAACCGAAGAAGCCCAGGGAAACGAUAAAAUCUUAGUCAAUUACACCCCGGCACAAGUCGAUGACGUCGAAGUUCAAAAAAUGGCCUUGUUCGCUACCAAAGAGUUGAGUCAGAGCAACGAGGCAAUGUCUCCGUUGGUCAUGACCAGCAUUCUCUCGGCUGAAAAACAAAUCGCUCCUGACAUUAAAUAUCGCCUUCGUUUAGAAUUCAAGGGUGGAUCGGAAGAGACAUUGAUAUACUGCACCGUGAUAGUGGAUGAAGCUGCUGCAGAGGGAGGUUUGCCAAAAAUGGCCGAGUCUGAUUGUGUAGAUUGA